AUGAUGAUAACAAUUCAUGGAUUACCUAUUGCUACGAAAUACCAUGAUUUAAAAGUAUUAAUAAAACAACAAUGUAAAAUCAGUGAUUUCAUACUUGAUAGUUUAGUAAAUGAUAAUGAUGGGACGAAAAGGGUUAGAGUAGGAUUAGCUGAUGAUAGCGAAGGAAGUCACUUGAUAAAGUGCUUGGAUGGAUAUCGUAUGUCAGGAAAUGUUCUAAGACUCGUCCCUGUUGGCAAGUCAUCUUCUACAACUCAACCACCAAACACAUUUGAUAUAAGAGGUAAUUACCAACAUGGUGACUAUCAAAAUCAAAACUUCAAUGAAAGGAACAGCCGACCUCUUGAUGCAGCAAGACCAGAUGCAUGGGCUAACAACCAAUGGUCUUCUAAUCAAACACAAAUGCAAAUGCAAAACAGUUACAAUUAUCAACAACCUAUAGUUACACCAUAUGGACAACCAGCAAAUCCUAUAGCUAAGCCACAAUUUGAAUUAAGAGAAGUGGUGCCAUCGGGCCGUAUUCCUCAACAAGCUCAAAACUUUGCAUACAAUCCCAAAAGUAACUUAAUUAGUUUGGGGCCUUCUAAUUUACGUGAAGUUCCCGAAGCCCCAAGUCGACCGACGCUACCCGGGAGAUACCCAAAUCAAAAUUACGAUACGUCGUCAGAUAAACCGAUAACAAUAAUGAAAGAAAACUUUCAAGGACCUAAUCAAUACAACUUAACAUCAACUCAUAACCAAAGUUCUAACUUACAAAUGCAAAAUGCGACUCCAUGGGCAACUCAGCAUCAACAGCAAAAACCAUUUGAGAAACCUGUAGUGUCAUAUGAUAAAAAGCCGUACGAUGACAGAAAAUAUCCAUCUCAAAUAAAACAAGUACAGGAAACAUCGAAACCCGAUGAUUCUUAUAGAUAUGAUAAAAGCCGACGUGAAUUUUCACCCCAAAGACGAGGUUUCAGAGAUGUUGAACCCGAAAGGCGUAUGUCUCCGAGUAGACAUCUAUCUCACUCAAGUCGACGGGUUUCUCCAUCUGCCCGACAAACAUACACUGAUAGAAGAAGUUCACCAGAAAGAAGGAUUUCACCAUCCAAUAGAAAUAUUUCUUCAUCUGGUAGACACUUUUCUCCUGGUAGACAAAUUUCGCCAUCUGGUCGACAUAUUCCACCCUCGGGUCGACACGUCUCACCGCCUGGUCGACCAUCUGGCCGACACAUCUCACCGCAUGGCCGACAUUUAGUGCCACCCGGCCGGAAUUUGUCACCGCCAGACCGACAUGGUCACUCAUCCUCUGGGCGAUAUUCAUCGCCAGGCCGCCGUGUUCCUUCGUCUGGACGCCAUAUUUCACCACCUGGUCGUCAUAUUCCAAGUGGCAGACAUGUUUCGCCUCCAAGUCGAAGUGCUGUACCAACUGGCCGACAUAUCUCACCACCCGGCCAUCAUAUUCCUUCAACUGGCCGACAUUCCCCACUACGUAGACAUAUUUCCCCUUCUGGCAGACAAAUAGAAAUAGAGAGAAAAAUGUCUCCGCCGAGAAAAUUGUCUCCGCAAAGAAGGGACUCUCCUCAACUAAGAAAAGAAGAGUAUGUCAGAGGAAGGAGAAUAUCGCCCCCAACACAUUCACCAAUGGAUAGACGUCCAAACCCUCAGGCUUUGGAGCGAGAUCCCACUAGAGGCAUACCUCCUCAAGGCCGACACGAGUCGCCUAGAAGACAAACACGAUUCUCACCAUCGCGUCGUCAUGGCGACAAACAAGCAGACUAUCAAGACACCCGUCGAAGCACUAGUAUAAAAGAUGUCCGACCUGCGUAUGAACCACCGACUCAAGUAAGUUUCGAUAAG